AUGUCCAGACUAACCUGUCUGACGGCGUUUGAGUGGGAAGGACUCCAACAUCCGUCCGAGGUUGAUUUGUUGCGACGGUGCAUCCGUCAGACCUGGAGCUGCCUAGAUCAUCUGUCCAUCGGCUUCGUUCCAUCGGCUUUUGCCCGUGCUCUGUGCUGGCAGAGCCUUGGGCUUCAGCGACCGGAGCUUGAGGAUGGGGGUAGAGGGACCGGCGUCACUACGAACGAGGAUACGGGGAUUGCGAAUCCUGCAGCUCUUUCCGCUCUGUCCACGCUGUCAUUGUCAAAGGUGACCUUGCCCCUGGAUAUCUCAUCGGGACACAAUGCGAUAUUCUACUCUCUGCGGUCGCUUACGCUGCGUGACUGCCCGAAUCAGUUGCAUCUCGUGCAAUUACUGUCUUGGUCACAGAAGCCGCUCCGACUGACGCAUUUCGAAUUCUCUUUCGAUUAUCUGCUGCACGAACCGGGCGAAGGAUAUAGCCUUUCUGCUGUUGUGCGGUUCUUAUGUUCAUUUCGUGGGCUGCAGCAUCUGCAUUUGAGGUUGUCCAAUUUCCCAUCGUCAAAAUCCCACAUCCAGGACACCAUCCGGCACCACCAGACCACGUUGAAAAGCCUUGUCUACCAUGAGCGCCAACUCGCACCAAUCGAUGCUGAUGGCUUAUUUGAGGAUGAUCGGGAUGUGUCGCCCGCUUGGGUUACGAACGUGUCUGCCGGUGUAGACCUGGGCCAGGUGUUUGCUCUGGCUUUAUGUGCUAGACCAUCUGCGGCUCGUCGGUGCCUUCUACCUACGGCCAAGCAUUCCCAGCUUCAGAUUCUACAUCUGCGGUUCAGCGGCCUCGAGCGAAUCCAUCGAGACAUCCCACGAGAGAUUGCCACUUAUCUACAUGAGAUGCGCAAAGGAUAUUCACGGCAUCCUCGUUGGUGGUGGAGUUCCGUGAACCGGGACAUCUCCAAUGAUAGCCACAACUACCGUCCCAUUGUUGAUGAGUACUUUGACAGGUCACACCUCGAGUAUGGAGACUCGCAGGAGGCAGUGCUUAUAUCCUCUGCGGCAAUUGCAGAGGCUGGGGAUUUCGUGUCAUUUGCGGACUGGGCAUUUGGCCCCGACGGACUGCCGGCCCUGCAGGUUCUCGCGUUUGGGGACUUCUCUCACGGUGAUCGAUACAGGAGCCAGCAGUUUCUAAUGCGUCGUGUCUAUCCUUCAUCGGAGGGCGGUGACAAGGAGCUUGCCGGCCUUGCAUGCGAUGAUACGACGCGGCUGCCCUUUUGUUCGGCAGAUAUGAGUGACCCUUCGAUUUGGGAUGGUGCUAUGGUGGACGGGGCUCGUUUUCUGUCCGCAUGCCCAGGAGGCGGGCUGAUGGAGUCACCGUACGAGUUGUAG